AUGUUAAGAAGCAAAAUAAGAAUUCACACAUGCCGCAUAAUUCUCCUGACAUCUCUUGUAUGGUUGAUGGUUGAUGUAGCCCUAUUGGCCUUUUAUUCUGAAUGUUUUGGAGAUGGGUGCAAUAAAAAUAAAAAUGAGAAUGGUGACUAUGUUGUACAGAAUAAUGUGGAAUUCAGAGGCAAAAAAGCCGCAAUUGCUGCUGGCUUGCAAAGAUAUAUAAAUGAUGAAGAUACAAAUAUUGAAGAGAAUGAGUUAGACCAUGAUGUAGGAGAUGACGGUCUUUUGCUGCCACCAUAUCCUAGGUCUAGACUUAAGAGGUGGUCACCAGUGCCAUCAGUCAAACCAGAUGGAGAUUCUCCAGGAGAAAUGGGUAAGGCAGUAAACAUUCCAAUAGAACAAGAAAAGCUUAUGUUGGAAAAGUUCCAAGAGAAUCAGUUCAAUUUGUUGGCAAGUGACAUGAUCUCACUUAAUAGAUCUCUUACGGAUGUUAGAUUUGAAAAGUGUAAGGACAAACACUACCCCGAGCUCCUGCCAACGACAAGUGUAGUGAUAGUGUUCCAUAAUGAGGCUUGGACGACGCUCAUCCGUACGAUAUGGAGUACGAUAAAUCGAUCGCCGCGACCGUUACUGAAGGAGAUCAUACUUGUGGACGACGCCAGUGAAAAAGAACAUCUUGGCAAGAAGUUAGAAGACUAUAUAAAAACACUUCCGGUCCCGACUUUCCUCUUCCGGACGGAAAACCGUUCUGGACUAAUUCGGGCUAGACUUUUAGGUGCAAAGCAUGUGAAAGGCGACGUUAUAACAUUUUUAGACGCCCAUUGUGAAUGUACUGAGGGUUGGUUAGAGCCGUUAUUGGCAAGAAUAGUGGAAGACAGAAGCACAGUGGUGUGUCCAAUCAUCGAUGUUAUAUCGGACACUACAUUCGAGUACAUACAAGCGUCGGAUAUGACCUGGGGUGGCUUCAACUGGAAAUUAAACUUUAGAUGGUAUCGAGUCCCGGAACGCGAAAUGUCUCGUCGUGGCGGGGACCGCACUGCACCCUUGCGUACACCAACCAUGGCUGGCGGACUGUUUGCCAUCGAUAAGGACUACUUCUACAAAAUCGGAUCAUAUGAUGAAGGAAUGGAUAUAUGGGGUGGAGAAAACCUCGAGAUGAGCUUCCGGGUGUGGCAGUGCGGCGGUCGGUUGGAGAUAGUGCCAUGCUCGCACGUGGGGCACGUGUUCCGCGACAAGUCCCCGUACUCGUUCCCCGGCGGCGUGCAGAACGUGGUGCUGCACAACGCGGCCCGCGUGGCCGAAGUGUGGAUGGACGAGUGGGGGGAGUUCUAUUACGCCAUGAACCCAGGUUCGAUUUUGCGCGAUGCUAACGUAUGGAUGUGCGGGGGCACACUCGAGAUCUCGCCCUGCUCGCACGUGGGGCACGUGUUCCGCAAGACCACGCCCUACUCGUUCCCCGGCGGCACGGGCCGCGUGGUCAACCACAACAACGCACGCCUCGCAGAAGUGUGGUUGGACGACUGGAAACAUUUCUACUACAAUAUUAACCCAGGGGCAUUAAAUGUGCCGGUUGGCGACGUGAGCGAGCGCAGGGCGUUGAGAGAACGUCUCAAGUGCAAGUCCUUUAGGUGGUACCUCGAGAACAUCUACCCGGAGAGUCAAAUGCCACUGGAUUAUUAUUAUCUUGGAGAAAUUCGUAACGCUGAAACAUCUAACUGUCUUGACACGCUCGGCGGGAAAGCGGGACAGCCAUUGGGUAUGGGAUAUUGCCAUGGGAUGGGUGGUAACCAGGUAUUCGCGUACACGAAACGCAAGCAGGUGAUGUCGGACGACAACUGCCUGGACGCGGCGCACUCGCGCGGCCCCAUCAAGCUCAUCCGCUGCCACGGCAUGCGCGGCAACCAGGAGUGGACCUACGACACCAAGACGCGCACAAUUAAGCACACGAACACAGGCAUGUGCCUGGAGAAGCCGGACGCGGCGGACGCGUGGAAGCCGGUGCUGCGGCCGUGCACGCUGGCGCGCUCGCAGCAGUGGCUCAUGCAGGUGGACUUCAAGUGGCAGGCGCGGCGCGCGCGCAGC